AACUCCAAGUAAUUCUGAUGUUCAGGCAAAAUUACGUGCGUUAGUUGAUAUGUUAGUUGGAUAUUUAAAAGAGACUAAUAGUCCUAAAACAUUACAAAGCCAUGAAAAUGUUGAUGGUGAAGCUAUUGUAAACGAUCUUGGUAAAUUAGGAAUAAUUCUUGCAGAUAAUGCAACAAAGGUAACAAUUGCUUGCAAACCUCCGUGCAUACCAAUAUCAGCUAUACCAACAAUUGAAGCUAUGGGAGAAACAUUAUUUCGUAUAAGUGGAUAUAUUGAAUCAAUACCAAUAUCAACGGGGAAAACUUUAAUUCAAAUAAUAAAAUCAACAACAGAAGAAAUUCUUUUCGAUUCAGCAGCAUUAGCAAACUCAUUUUUGGAUGAACCUGUAGAUCCAAGUAUUAUAACAUCAAAAGGGUAUCUUAUUUCGACUGGAGUUGUAUGGGAAGCGUGUGAUCGAUUUAAUAAUUUACCAAAAAGUAAUAAACAAGCUGUUAUAACUAAAUGGGAAGAAAGGUUAGAAUUAUUGAAGGAUGCUAUUUUAGAAAUCAAAAAAUUAUUAGAUCAAGAGGAUAAUCAGGGAGAUGAAGACGAUGGUUGGGAUGAGAUAUUUGGCGAAUCUUUGGAUUUACCAACAUAUAAUUCAUCAAAUGAAAAAGAAGAAACUGAUGGAAAUAGAUCAUUAACAAAGAUUAAUCAGACACUUGAUCAAUAUAUGGAUUUAUGUAAAUUGAUUUCCGAUGCUGCAGAUGAAUUGGGAACAAGUUUGUAUCCUCCUCAAGAUUCAAUGGCUAUAGAAUCAAAAGUUAAUGAUAUUUCUUUACAUUCUCAGGAAUUGAUAAAGGUAAUUUUACCUUUUGCUUCCCAAGAGGAUGUUAAUUGGUUUAACGCUUGUGAUACACAAUUUAAAAAUAUUUUAGCAGCCUAUCAUAAAGAAGAAUAAUGAAAAUACUUCACGUGUGCAUGUAUAUUAUCACUAUCACGUGUGCAUACCUCACGUAAUACCUAGGGGAUAGAUAAAUAAACGGGGGGACAACUCAGGGUUACACAUAUUUAUGAUCACAAGACAGAACUGAAGUCACAUAAAAUUGGUUACACAAAAAAAAAUCCAUAUUAAAUUUCGCAAAAUUUUUAGUUUUUUUUAUUUUUCUCAGCACACAUACAUAGAAGAGCAGCUGAUGUUAAGAGUUAAGGUUGUGCGUGCUAGCUCUAUACAAGCGAAGUUUUUUUAUCCAAAUAUGACCACUGGUUGCUUUGUUCUUAGUUUUUAUAUGUUUUUACCACUUGAUAAUAGAAAGUUAGAAAAUUAAACUUUUUUUUUACAAGAUCUUAAUAAAAAAAUUAUAAAUAUUUUUAU